AAUGGCUGCUAACUUGACUUAGGCAUUGCCAAAACGAAAAGGAAAACAUUGACCUAUCAGUGUGUUGCUAAUAAUAUACUGAAAUGUUCUAUCCUAUAACAGUGAAAAAGGGGGUACUGAGAGAAGACAUAGGUAACCUUUGGGAGAAUAUUGAUAUUCUAGGAAAGAAUAAAGAAUGGAAAAAACUUCUAGAGUUUGUGGAUGGUGAUGAAGAAUUGGCUAAUUCUACUAGGCCUGUGGAGGAAAACGUACAGACCACACUUAAUACACCACUUCAUCAUGCUGCACUUGGAUCUGCUCCCAAAGAUGUUUUCAAAAAGUUGCUUCAAAUUGGAUCUGCUAAAUGCCUUAAGAAUUCUGCCGGGGAGACAGCUUAUGAUAUCGGUGUUAAGUCACAGCUCCCACAAGAUGUACUGGAACUCAUUAAAAUCCCACAAGAAAUAAAACAGAAACAAAACACUAUAAAGAAAUUUGAAGAGGGAUUACAUAAAGCCAUUAUGGGGAGAGUUGACAAUUUGAUAAAUGACAAUAAACAGGUUCUUCCUCAAGUGGCACUUUUGUUUGAGAAGGGUAGCUUCUUCUACUCUGUUCCAGGGAUGUAUGGUGGAUUCAAGGUUGAGAGAAAUGGAGAAAAUACCAUCCAAGCCUCUAGCUGGAUUAGAGUAUAUGGAGGGAGUGGACAAACGCAUGAAAUUGACAGUGACGGAAAUGUGAAACUGAUAGCAGAGGGAUUCUGUACAUAAGAUCUGAAUAUGCCAGAGGAUAUAACACUCAUUUCUCAACACUUUUACUCACCUGAGCUAGAGGCUCAAAUGAGCUCUUCUGAUCAAAGUUUGCUUGUGUGUCUGAAACAACCCACUAUAAGCUUUUCUUAUUUUCAUUUUUAUACUAUUUUCAAUAUAUAUAUAGGAAUCACCUUGUCCAUCUGUCUGUUUGUGCAAACGUGUACGGUCCAUAUCUUUCUUACAGAGGAACAUUAGAUUUUAAUACUUCACACAAAGAUUGCUUAUGACCUGAGGGUGUGUCGUGAUCUUGACCUAUAGUCACUGUAGAAAAAAUGGAUAAGUAAUGCAUCCAUUCUUUCCAAUAGAGAAAUACUUGAAAAAUUGUUAUCUAUUUUUUCAAUGUAAUAAAAACAAUGUUAUUAUUACUACUGAUGUUUCAUUAGGCUGCGCCUUAGUUUCAUUCAUUAAAAAAAUAUGAGAAGCCAUUACCGAUAAAUUUUCACUCUAAAUGUUUAAAUAAAUUGUGAACACCUCUUCCAGAUCCAUCAAAUACUAGUAUUAGUGACUUGGCACCUUCUCUGAAAAACCCAGCGGGGGUAUUUGUCCAUUUUUGACAGUUCUAGUUUUUUUUUUCAGAACUGCCUUUCAGACUAUUUCAGCCAAACUUGCUAAAUCAAGUAUGUUCAAAGCUUUCUAAUGUACUGUAAAUUCAAGUUUUCAUAUCCUACUCCUUGGCUUUUGAUGGGAACAUGACAGGAGGCUUGAUAAGGCAAUUUUUACAAGGAAUUAUGAAGUUUGAUGGGUGGAACAAGUAUAUUUCAUAAGCAUAACAUUAUGACAAGUGAAAUCAAUGCAUGUGUGCAAUCUUUAAUAUCCAUGAAUAAGGCUUCCAACUCUGUUUGUGUUGUUAGAAGAGGUCUCAUUGCAAAGGACUUUGAACAAUUGUAUUGUUUUACCCCUUACUUACGGUCAAAUUAUGAAAAAAUAUCAUGUUCCAAUUAAAUUUUGAAAUUAAAUAGAGAUUUAUAUAAAUUUUCAUAAAAUUUGAAUUAUUUAUUAAAAGAAAGAGAGAUAACUCUAUAUUUUUGGUAAUACUUAAAAAUUUCACCUCAUAAGACCCCCCCCCCCCCUUUUGAAACAAAAAUUCCUUUUCACAGGUGUAAUGAAUUAUUAUUUAUUUAGCAAAUUCAUACUUGAACUUUCUUGGUUUUGUGGAAGGGAGAGGGGGUGGUAUGUUUACAGACCAAAAUACACCGAAAUUUCUCAUUUUAUGGCUAAUUUCAAAUGAUGUUCAACUAUAAACUUUCACAAAAUAAAUCAAAUAUAGUUAAUUUAACAUAAAGUCUAUCAAACUGAAAGAAUAAGAUGUCGUUUAUCCACAUGCAUGAGUACUUCAAAAUCGGGUUACGUUUCAAAGUCUUAUUUCAAUUAUUUUACACCCUUUGUUAAAAAGAGUUUUAUUUAAAAGCAAUUUAUAAAUCAACACUGGUAUUGCAUGUAUAUAACUAAGUAUAGUAUUUUAAAUUGAGUUUGCUUUUAAACCUCAAAACUGCAGAUGUAGACUUUUUAAUGAACACUACAUUUCAUUGAAAUAAAUAAAUAGCAAAUAUGCCAAAUAUCUUGAAUUAUGAUGUGUAAAAAGUAAGUAGGAAUCAGGGGAUUAGCAUUCAUACUUCUUCAUUUAUCAGGGAGGGGUUAAUGUGACACACAGGUGAGUGGUGUGGACCAUGGCCUCUUGAUUUUCACAUGCUGUUAACAGUUCCCCGUUAGCUUGCUAUACCUUCUACAGGCAUUUUUUAAAAUUGUAAUUGAUGUAAUUUAUUUUAUUUAGAUGUAUAUUCGUGAUAUUAACAUUUUAAAUCUUUAUUCUUAUGUGAUAUUAUUCAAAUGUAUAUUUUUAGCUCUCCUAGAACAAAACUUACUAAUAAAUAAGUACAUCCUAGCCCCCAAGACUAACCCUAACCCUUAGCCCUAGCCCUAGCGCUAAGUGUAAACCACGCACUUUAACAAAUUCAUUAUGUGAAUUGACUGUUUUUAAUGAGAUCAGAUUAUUAAAAAACUUCAGAUCAUGGA